GGAUCCCAAGACUGCGAAGCGGAUGGAGCUCCGGCGCUGUGUGCUUGAGGGCUGCGGGCUGGUGGUGGUGGACGAGGCUCACGAGCUGCGCAACCCCGCCUCGCGCCUCUACCGCGCCAUGUGCGCAGUGGGCACCCCCCGCCGCCUGGCGCUGACUGGGUACCCGCUGCAGAACAACCUGGACGAGUACUACACCAUGCUCACCUGGGUGCAGCCCGACCUGCUGGGGACGAAGGAGAGCUUCCGAGAGGAGUUCUCAAAGGUCAUCAAGAAGGGCCAGCAGAGCAACGCCACCUCCUCCCAGCGCCGCGAGAGCGCCAAGCGGCUGGGAGUGCUGAACGACAUCACCGGGGCCUUCAUACACCGAGCGGGACCCGAGAUACUGGAGUCCGAGCUGCCCCCCAAGAGCGAGGUGGUGCUGGAGCUCGACCUGAACGACCGCCAGCGGGAGUUCUACAGCGCGUACCUGCAGGAGCUGGAGUCGCUCCCCCCCAGCUCCGAGCGCUACCGCCUGUUCCGCGACUUCGAGAUGCUGCGCAAGGUGAUGAACACGCCGCGGGACUUCGAGCAGCUGCUGGAGCGGGCGGUGCGGGCGGCGGGGGCGGCAGGCAGCAGCGUGGUGCUGGAGGGUGUGGUUGAGGAGGAGGAGGAGGAGGGCUCAGCCAUCCAGGUGGUCCUCACGCCCUCCCAGGUACCAACACCAGCGGCACCCGCAGCCGACGUCGCCCGCCGGCUCACGUUUGGCAGCGCCGCGGAGGGGGGGCCAGCAGGGCCGGCAGCGGGGGCAGGGGCAGCAGGGGCAGGGGGACCACAACCGGAGGCUAUGGACGUGGAUGCCGGGGGUGCUGGAGGUGCUGGAGGUGCUGGGGGUGCUGGCACAGUAGUAGCGGGGGCUGCUAACGGUAAUGGCGCUGCACACGGAGGAG